AUGAGUGACUGGGAAGUGACUGAAUUAGAAGGGCAACUUGACAAGUUGUACUCAGAGAUGUCCGAACUCGCUGGGCAGGGGAAGAAAGUGGUAGAAGAAGCAGAACAGGUUAAAGUAGUACAUGCGGCUAAGCUUAAAGAAGCAGAAAAGAGUGAAAUUGUUGCAAGCCGUUCAUCGCCAGGAAUUGCCGAAAAUGACACUAAUGUUGGGAAUGAGCCACCUGUAGAGAAGACUUUCGAGGAGGACAUGGAAACUGUUGUGGCUGUUUGUGGUGCUCAUGAUGGUAACGGUGAUGAGGAGAUGGGAGACCAGAACCAGGAGAGCAUUGUUGAGGAUGAGGAUGAAAAUGAUGAGGACGACGAUGAUGAGGAGGACGAUGAUGAGGAUGACAAGUUUCGUGUUGUUAUGAUUGUCGUGGUGUGGCCGUGUUGA